GAAAACUUUAGGUGGCUACUAUUUAACACCGGUUCAAUAAAUACAAAAAUGUCGGAAAAAGUGAAUACACUAGACAACUGUAAUGACAUUGUGAUUACAGGCAUGUCCGGACAAUAUCCUAAUAGUAAAAAUGUAAAGGAAUUCGAAUAUAAUUUGUACAACAAGAUUAACAUGGUUGAUGACCUUGAGACACGUUGGAAACAUAUGUAUCCUGGAGUUCCAAGAAUGUUGGGUAAAAUUCCGCACCUGAAUAAGUUUGAUGCCACUUUUUUUGGAAUCCAUCAAAACCAAGCAGACAAAAUGGAUUUUCAGAUGCGCAUUUUAAUAGAGGAAUCGUACAAAGCUGUCAUGGACGCGGGUGUUAAUCCUUCUAGUUUGCGCAAUACCAACACUGGGGUGUAUAUAGCAGCUUGUGGAUCUGAAUCUGAUACAUUCCUUAUGUAUAGUGAAAAUUCAGAAAAUGGCUUUGGUUUAUUGGGAUCAAGUAAGUCUCUGCUGGCGAAUCGCAUUUCAUUUAGUUUGGGACUCAAUGGUCCAUCGCUAACUUGUGACACAGCGUGUUCCAGUUCAAUGUAUGCUUUAAACCUGGCUUAUGAACACAUGAAAAACGGAAUUAUAGAUGCAGCAAUUGUAGGUGGAACGAAUGGAAUGACAUGUCCCUACAUAACAGCAAAAUUUGCAAAGCUUGGAGUUCUUUCGCUGACAGGAAAAUGUAGACCAUUCGAUGAGGACGCUAAUGGUUACGUUCGGUCUGAAGCUAUAAGUUGUGUGUUUCUUCAAAGAAAACGGGAUGCAAAACGAAUAUACGCCAAACUUGUACAUUCCGCCACAAACUGUGAUGGUUUUAAAGCUGAGGGAUUAACCUAUCCCUCCGGACACAUGCAGAUGAAAUUACUUUCAAAAUUCUACGAUGACAUUAAUUUCGAUUUGAACGAAUUGGGGUAUAUGGAGGCUCAUAGUACUGGUACUGUUGUAGGAGACCCCGAGGAGUGCAGGGCAAUUGAUCAAUCUAUAUGUAAGAGACGAAACAGUCCACUGUUGGUUGGAUCAGUUAAGUCUAAUUGCGGUCAUGCUGAAGGAUCUUCGGGAAUUGUGUCCUUAACAAAAGUAUUGUUUACACUAAACAACAAUUGUAUUCCACCAAAUAUAAAUCUUUCGAGACCUCGUAAAGCAAUUGAAGGAAUUCAGGCAGGAAGACUUGUGGUAGUAACAGAAAAAACCGAACUGAAGAACCCAUAUGUGUGUAUUAAUUCAUUUGGUUUUGGUGGGGCAAACGCACAUGCUCUUUUAAAGCAACACACAGCAGAACAUGUAGUAUCUUCUUAUGGGAUAAACGAUUUGCCAUAUCUGUUGACGUGGUCAAGUCGUACCGAAGAUAAUAUUAAUUCAGUUUUGGACAGUAUAGAAUCACGUCCUCUUAAUUUGGAAUAUUUGGCCUUGAUGCGUUCAUCUCAAGCGGGUGGUAUUAAGGGCAUGUUGUAUAGAGGUUAUAAUAUUUUGAAACCCAAUAAUGCUUCAUCAAUUUCCAAGCCGGCAUCUUUGUCAAGGUUGGUGCAAUACAAUGAUGGUGUUAAAUUUCCCAUUGUUUGGGUAUUCUCUGGCAUGGGAUCGCAGUGGGUUGGAAUGGGUAAGGACCUCAUGAAAAUCAAAGUAUGCUCAGAAUCUGUGUUAAAAAGCCAUGCAACUCUGAAAUCUAAAGGGGUGGAUCUUAUCAGUAUAUUAACAUCAGACAAUCCAGACACAUAUCUAAAUAUCCUUAACUGUUUUGUGGGCAUUGCUGCCAUUCAAAUAGCAUUAGUAGAUCUACUGCGACUUCUCCAAAUAAAACCGGACUUUAUAAUAGGUCAUUCUGCUGGUGAAGUCGGCUGCGCGUACGCCGACGGCGGUCUCACUGCUGAACAAACUAUUCUAGCCGCCUAUUAUCGUGGAAAAGUUAGCAUUGAUGUGGAAAAAAUUCGUGGUUCAAUGGCAGCUGUUGGUUUAGGCUAUAAAGAUAUUCGAUCAAUGUUGCCAUCAACUAUCGAGGUAGCUUGUCACAACAGUAGCGAAUCAUGUACAAUUUCUGGGCCUGAAGAUGAUGUAUCAAGUUUUGUUGAGUUUCUAAAAUCCAAAAAAAUAUUCGCCAAAGAAGUACCUUGUGGAAAUAUUGCAUAUCAUAGUAGAUACAUUCACAAAUUUGGACCAGUACUUUUGAAAAACUUAAAACAACUUAUCACAAACCCAAAACUUCGUUCCGAGCGAUGGAUAAGUUCUAGCGUCCCUUCCGAUAAAUGGAUGCUCACUGACAGUAAAUUCUGUUCUGCCGAAUACCACAAUAACAAUCUUCUUGGCAGUGUUCUUUUCGAAGAGAGUGCAACAUAUCUGCCUAAGAACUCAUUAACUAUUGAAAUAGCACCACAUGGUCUGCUUCAAAGUAUUAUGAAAACUUGUAAUCCAGACGGCGUUCACAUAAGUCUUGCCAGACGCAAUGCUAAUGACAAUGUUCUUCAUCUGCUUGAAUCUCUUGGCAAACUUUACCUAAAUGGAUGUGAAUUAAGCCUAGACGAACUAUACCCACCAGUUAAAUGGCCUGUUCCGAGGGGAACCCCCACACUAAGUGACUUAGUUGAGUUCGAUCACACACAGGAUCAUAUCGUAUAUUUCUAUGAAGAUGAAUGCGUUAAGACAGGAAAUAAAACUAUUACAAUUGCACCGACUUCUGAGCACAAAUAUUUAUUUGGCCACGAAAUUGAUGGAAGACCUUUGGUACCAGCUACAUUUUAUAUAGAAUGUGUUUGGAAAUCUUUUGCUAUUAUGCAAGGCACUCUGGAUUUUGAAUCUGUUGAUGUUGAGUUGGAAAAUGUUAGAUUUUUACGUGCUACCACUCUUUCAGCUAAGGAUCAAAUUAAACUUCAAGUAUCAAUUCAGCGUGGAACAGGUGUAUUUGAGAUUACAGAAUCAAAAACAAUUGUUGCAAGUGGUAUAAUUCGUAAAAUACCUGAAAAAUCGCAACCACCAUCAACCAUACUUUCGAAAGCCAAUAAUGAAAAUGUUACUUUAAUGAAGAAAGAUUUCUACAAAGAACUAAAAUUACGAGGAUAUCAUUAUAAUGGAGAUUUCCAAUCUGUCGAGUUGGCUUAUGGUGAUGGAACGUAUGGCAAAAUAAAAUGGUUUCAUAAUUGGGUGACUUUUAUGGACUGUAUGCUCCAGUUGAGCAUAGUACGAAAUGAUUCACGUAAUUUAGCACUACCAGUCAAGUUGCGGUCUAUGCGCAUCUACUCCAAUUAUCAUAAAAAUCAUUUUGUAGAUAAAUGUGAGAUUGGGGCUUAUGUUAACAAUAAUCGAGUAGUUGCAGGUGGCAUCGAAAUCAUUGAUCUAAAAGCCAAUCAUAUUCAAAGACGUAAGCCUCCAGGCGAACCCGUAUUGGAGAAAUAUCAGUUCGUACCAAACAACCAAACACCUCGACUUUCAGCUAACGAUAUAGCAAGAUGUUGUGUACAACUGUACUUGGAAAACUUUCCCGUUUCAAAAUUUUCGAUAUUACAGGCAGUUAAAUCGGCUGAAAGCGAUUUCUCAUUCCUUAAUGGAGUAAUGCAGGCAAUAAAUGAUUUGCCAACCGUACAGGGCAGCUAUGUGGUUUUAAAUAUGAGUACAAAUGAAAACUUAAAAAACACACAAGAUUCACAUGAAAAUUCGAAUAUAAAGUUUGUCAAUUCUGUCGAUGAACUAGAAAGCAGUGCGGAUAUCCUUUUAAUGGAUGAAACAAAUCUAUCUUCGGAUUUACUAACUUUAGAACGGAGAUUGUCUACAAAUUCGAUGGUUUUGAUUAAAACAUCUCGACAAAGUACUCUGGAAAAUACGAGUCUGCAGAAGAAUUAUAACUUAAUAGCACUUUUACCCUGCUCAAAUAGUUCAUUUGCAAUAUUAGUUCUUUUAAGAAAACCAUCUGAAGAACAAUCUACUAAACAGGUGGAAGAAAUAUUUAUAAAAAUUUCGCAGUAUGACAAGAAGUUUCAAUGGAUAGAUGAGCUUAAAGGUGUUAUUGGAAAACGGGUAGUCUUGGUAGCAGAAAAUGAACCUCAUAAUGGCCUGAUUGGUUUAGUAAAUUGCCUGCGGCAGGAACCUGAGACUAAGAAUAUGCGUUGUGUUUUUAUAGAUGAUAUGCGUGCUCCUAGUUUUGAUCCCAAUUUACCAUUUUAUAGUAACCAGCUAAGACUUGGACUCGCUAUUAAUGUAUAUCGUCAGGGUCAAUGGGGAAGCUAUCGUCAUUUGGAAUUGAAACCCAUCUAUCCAGCAAUAGAACAUAGAGAUCAUAUUUGUGGAGCAAUUGGAAAUAUUGGAGACUUUUCCACAUUGCACUGGCAAGAAGGACCGUUCAGUCAAAAUGAUAACAAAAUACGUAUUGCCUAUUCGGCACUUAAUUUCCGAGAUGUGAUGCAUGCUUCGGGACGUCUGUCUGCAGAAGAUGUUGGUCUAACACGACUUGAGCAAUCGUACAUUUUCGGUCUUGAGUACAGUGGUAUUGAUGAGAAAUCUGGCAAGUCUGUCAUGGGCAUGGCAUUGCACUCGGCGGUAGCCUCCCAUAUGGAACCCAAUUCAAUGAUUUCUUGGGAGGUUCCAAGCGAAUGGACACUACGUGAAGCAGCCACAGUUCCUGUAGUAUAUACCACUGUAUAUUAUGCAUUUUUCUAUACGGUCGAUAUUAGGUCAGGAAAAGAUAUUCUAAUACAUUCUGGCAGUGGUGGAGUAGGAAUUGCAGCUAUUAGAACAGCUAUUGCAUAUGGUUUGGAGGUAUACACAACAGUUAGUACAGUGGAAAAGAAACAAUUUUUGCUCCAGACUUUUCCACAACUUAAAGAUGAAAAUAUUGGAAAUUCUCGUGAUUGUUCAUUCGAGGAAAUGAUUAUGGCCCGAACAAAUGGAAGGGGUGUUGAUUUUAUCUUAAAUUCGUUAUCUGAAGAUAAAUUAAAGGCAUCGCUUCGUUGUUUAGCACCAAAUGGACAUUUUCUGGAAAUUGGUAAAUUCGAUAUGGCUAAUGACAGUAACAUUGGAUUGGGCGUCUUCUUCCAAGGACAAAGUUUUCACGCAAUAUUAGCAGAUAAACUUGAAGAAUAUGCUCCAUAUUUAUUAGAUAAAAUUAAAAGACACAUUGCGGAAGACAUACAAAGCGGUAUAGUUAAACCUCUCCCAUCCACUAUUUUCAAACCAUCGGAGUUGGAGCAUGCUUUCCGUUUCCUCAUGACCGCCAAGCAUAUUGGCAAAGUGUUAAUAGAAAUUCGACCAGAUGCAGCAUCACUUGCUACUCAUUCGGUUUCAGUAACUCCAAAAAUAUAUUUCCAUAAAGAACUCGUCUAUGUGGUACCUGGAGGUCUUGGCGGCUUUGGUUUGGAACUUGUCGAUUGGAUGAUAUUGCGAGGUGCCAGGAAGAUUGUCCUAAAUUCGAGACGCGGACUAUCGGACGAAUAUCAAAAACAUAGGAUUUCAAUAUGGAAUAGCUACAAGUGCCAAAUAAGAAUAAACACAUCAGAUAUUACGACAGAGAAGGGCUGCUUAGAACUAUUAACCGAUUCCAUGAAACUAGGAAGUAUUGGUGGUAUUCUGAACUUAGCAGUUUUGCUUAAGGAUGGCAUUUUUUCGAAUCAAACUAUUGAAAACUUCCAACAGUCUCUGGCGCCUAAAGCAUAUGCCACUAAAUAUUUGGAUAAGUUGUCUCGAAAGCUUUGCCCUAAAUUACAUUGUUUUGUUAUAUUCUCCAGUGUAUCUUGUGGUCGAGGCAAUGCCGGCCAAACUAAUUACGGAAUGGCCAAUUCUAUAAUGGAACGCAUUGUAGAAGAACGUGUAUCGCAUGGAUAUCCUGGAAAAGCAAUUCAGUGGGGUGCAGUCGGAGAAGUGGGACUAGUGGCUGUUAUGGCAGAGGGGAAAAUUGAUCUAAACAUUGGUGGCACUCUUCAGCAACGCAUUAGUUCAUGUCUUGACGUAUUGGAUACGCUUAUAACAUCUUCAGAUCCGAUUGUCUCUAGUAUGGUUGUGGCUGAAAAGAAAAUUUUAGCAGAGAGCCAAACAGCACUUCAGUUCGUUAUGAACACUUUGUCGCUGACGCAGUUGAAAUCCAUCUCUGUAAAUUCUACACUAUCUGAACUUGGCAUGGAUUCUCUAAUGGGCGUAGAGAUCAAACAAACACUUGAAAGAAAUUUCGAUAUAACUUUAUCGCCGGCCGAAUUACGUGCCCUAACUAUUGACCGCUUAAAAGAACUUUCUGAGAUACACAAGAAAACUAGUGUCGAAACUAAAAAUGAUGGGAUAGACAAUAACUUCCUUAAUUUAAUAGAAAGUUUUUAUUUCAAUGUAACCUUGGAAACUAUUAACUCAGAUUACAUGAUUCCUGUUAACAAUGCCGAUUCAAAUCUAGAUCCAAUAAUAAUAUUUCCUGGUAUUGAAGGUAUUUGCACAGCUAUCUGGAAACAAAUUGGAUCACAGUUGAAGCCGCCGGCUUAUGUUGUGCAGUUCUUAACAAAAUUCGAUUCAAAUAAUUUUAGGAGUGUUAUCGAAAUUACUGUCAAAAAUAUUAAACAAAUGUUGGAUGCUAGGCGUAUCAAAAAAUUUAGAAUCGUGGCUUAUUCCUUUGGCACUCUUAUUGCUCAUAUUGUAACCAAAUAUUUAGAAAAGUUGGGAUAUGCUGGUUCCAUGGUUUAUAUCGAUGGCUCUCCUGUAUGGGUGGAAAACAUAAGUAAAGAAAUGAAAGCAAUGAAUACGUUGGAAAUUGAAAAACGUGUUAUACUUAUAACCCUGCAAUCUAUUUUAAAUCCAGAACAAAUGUUGGAGUUUAAUAAAAUCCUGUCCGAGAAUAGUAAUCUGGAAACUAUUUUCUGGAAUAUAAAACAAAAUUUAAAUUUAAAAAACGUAGAUGAAUGUAUGAAUUACUUAAAUGCGGUAUUAUCCGUCACAGAAGCAGUAAUGAACCCUGAUACUUUCAACUUGGUCGAGGUCAUUGAAUCCAAAAUUCUAAUGAUAAGCCCAACAACAUUAUUGCAGCCAAACAUAGAUAAGUUUUAUGGAUUGAAGCCGAUAACAAGAAACACUAUAGAUGCCACAACUCUCGAAGGCGAUCAUCAAACAAUAUUACAACAUGAACAAAUUCCCAAAUUGAUAAACCAAUAUUUUGGCAACCAGUCGAAUUAAAUAUUUCAAUAAUAUAUGUAUAAAUAUUUACUUAAAUAUGUACUUAAGGAUCUAAAAUAAAUAUUGCUGGGCUUUUUAGCAGACAA